GUUGAUGCUGCUGCUAAAUGAAUGCGCAGCAGUAUAAGCAUAACAAACAGUGCGAUAAAACGCGUGUGAUAGCGCAAUGCCGCAACAAGUGGAAAUCAACAGUAAACAGAAUAAACGCAGUCGACAACAACAAUCGGAGCAGCAGCAGCAAAAUAUUUAUGAAAAUCUGCCAGCGUCGGCGACGCAGCAGCAGCUGCGCAAAUACUUUCGCCGCGAAGCCAUCUAUGAGAAUCUCUGCCGCGGCUGCGGCUAUGGCGUCUUUGCCGCUCAAGGUCGCUACUGUCACUUUUGCCAAUGCAUUGUUAGCGGCAGCGUAGCAGCAGCAUUGCAACAACAACAAGAGCAGCAGCAGCAGCAGCAGCAAGAGCAGCGCAGCAGCGAUGGCAAUAUUUAUGAAAAUAUUUGUGAGCGCUGUCGCGGCAUUUAUAGUGACAACGAGGACUGCGACUGCACAACUGCUACUGCCACGCCCACAACGCCUUUAGCACUUGAUGUGCCCGCAGCAACGCCAACAGCAACAUCGACGCCAACGUCAACGCUAACGCAGCCAGCGUGCAAAGCCAGCAGCAAAUCGCGCACGCUGCUCAGCUACUCCAAAUCCAGCGCUGCAACGCUGCGACAUUUGUUCGGCUCAUUAAAGCAGCUCAAUCGUUCCAGUGGCUCGCUGCAGCGACGCCUGUUUCAAAAAGAUAGCAGCAGCGGGGGCGGCGGCGCCGGCAGAGGCGCAGCUAAAGGCACUGGCGGCUCACUGGAGAUUAUACAUAAUGUGGAUGAAGUGUUUCGCACCCAGGAGACUUUUGAUAUGCAGCGCAUAUGCGAACUGAAGCGUCAGCUGCAGAGCAGUCAAAGUGAUCAGCAUAUUUAUGGACGGCUGCGCAGCGAAAAGAGCGAAGAGUGCAGCAGCACAACUGAGCAGACGCCAACGCCGCAGUCGAAAAAAGCGCGUGUAUCAAAAAUGCGCUUGCUGCGCACUGACGUCGCUGCAGCUGCGCCUGAGCUUGAGCCGACGCCGGCGCUCUAUUUAAAUGAGAGCAUUUGCCAGUGGAUGAGCGCGCUGCGACGCGAGCUGCACAGCUAUGAGGAUGUUGUAGCCUGUCAGCAGCCCAAAAGCGUGCCGCCCGCAUACGAGCAGCGAAAGCAAGAGCCGGAGCAGCAGCAACCGGAGCUUGUUAUGCUGCGACGCAGCAGUGAAUCAAAGUUGGCAGCGGCAGCGGCAGAAGCACGUGCAACUAUGCAAGAGCAUUUGGUGAAUGAAUUUAAGCGCAAGCUGCUGGCCAAACGCGAGCAGCGACAAGAGCAGCAGCCAGAGCAGCAGCCAGAGCAGCAGCCAGCGCAGCAGCAGCAACAGCAAAUGCAGUUAGAAGACGCAGCCGAAGCUGAGCGACUGCGACGUCGCUGCGGCAUCAAUGAACGCCACGAUGCAGCAUUUGUUAGCGAAUUUCUCAGCGGUUUGACGGUCACAGCGCCGCCGCCGCCACCGCUAGCGCAGUCAACGUCUUUGGUUGUCGCUGCGCCGCUGUCAACUUUGGGCUUGUCGUUUACACAGCUGUGGCGCAGCGCUGCUUUGGCUGCCAGUUUACAUCGCAGCGUUAUUUGUUUCUUUGGCCCCUAUGAGAAAUUCGUAAGCGCAGUUUUGCAUCAGCAGCGACAGCGACUGCGCAGCGGCGUUGAAUUUCAAUUGGAGCGCUGGCUGCAGCGCAACUAUCGCCGGCUUUGUGAGAAACACAUUUACAGCAAUAACAACAACAAUAGCUAUGGCGAGUGUGAGCGUGAGUCAGCUUUGGCCCGUCGUCGGCAGCGACGUCAGCGGCGUCAAUUGGGGCCGACGCCAUCGUUGGAGCUGGCGCUGGCAGUUGUGCGAGCGACGCCAGCGAGUGACGACGUUGCGCUCGCUUCGCGUCCCGGUAGCGAUAACGAUAACAACAAGACAAUAGAGCGCGACGACGACGACGACCAAAGAGCGAUCGAGUGUGAGACAAAGACGCGAUCGGUAAGCAGCAGCAGCGCAGUCGUCGACAGCAGCCGCAGUAGUAGUUCAUUGAUGGCGGCACCCAAGCAAAGCGGCGACGCUGCUGAGCAGCGCUCCAGCUGCGAUGACAAUGAAAAUAAUAGCAACAAAAACAACAACAACAACGAGCUGAGCAGCAAUGUCAGCCAGCAACAACAACAACAACAACAGAAUUAUGUGAUUAAAGUGCGUCGACCGGCGCCUCAGGUGCCGGUGCGUAAUCCCGCCACGGCGCUGAGUAAACCACGAAACGAGAUAAGCAACAACAACAACAAUAAUGACAGCAGCAGCAGCAGCGAGUCAACUGAGCUGCAGCAGCAGGAAGAGGAGUCAAUUUAUCAAACCAUCUGGCAAUACAAAACUUUAGAGCCCGAGACAAGUCAACAUGCCAUCGAUGCUGAAGACGAUGAUGAUGAUGAUGAUGAUGAUGAAGAGUUUGAGAUCAUCACAGCUGCCGAAACUGCCAAAGCCGAUGACGCAGACAGCAACAAUAACAAAAACAAAAACGAGAAUGUUGUGGCAACAGUUGAGGCCGCCACAGCAGUUGAAGCUGAAGCUGAAGCUGAUAUGGCUGCUCUACAGGCGGCAGCGGCAUUUGCUGCCGGCGCACGUCAUAAGCUGCUGACUAAGCAAACGUCGCUGGUAACGCCAGCAACGACGCCGCUGCCGUCGCCAACAGCAUCGAUGGAUCAAGGCGCUUGGGAGACAGACGAUGAAUUUAUGUUUGCCAAGGCGCAUGAGCAGCAGCAACAGCAGGCGGAGCAGGAGACGCUCAGCUUGGGCAGCACAGUGACCAACAGCACAGCGACAUUGGGCUCGAUUAGCAGCGCCGACAGCAGCAAUGUGGCAGCGGCAGCUGCAGCGACGCCAGCGUCGCCAGCACAACUGACGCAUCCGCUGCUGCGUAACAUUUGCAUUCUGUACAGUCCCGGCGAUUCGCUUAAGUAUAGAGCAAUCUUCUAUGAAUAUGCGCGCCAUCAGCUGUUUGCCACACGCGUACGACGCGCAGCGCCGCCGCCGCCGCUGCCGCCGCUGCCACUCUUGAGCUACACGCCCGCCACGCCCACACCCGUCAACGGUAACGGCAACGAUGACAGCGGCUGCAGCUGUGAGGCGGAUGCAGAGGAUGCCACGGAGCAAAUUCCACUGCCACUGCGUGCGGAAUGGGAGCGCGCGCUGCUGGCAGCCGCUGCCACAAGCAAACGCGGCGUCGCUGCACGCGCCGGCCGCAAGCUGCGCGUACGCUCCAGCGCACGUUUGCUCAUACCCGAUUCGGUCUUGGCCUGGCGGCAGCAGCUACAGCAUGUCAACUGCUGUGAGGACGAGGAAGACAUGAUUGUGCCAAUGGCUGAUAUACUCAACGCCCAGAAGAUCCAAGAAGACAAUGAAUUACAGCAAAACCAACAGACAACGAUUCUCCAGCGCUUCAAAAGCGCAUCCAGUGGCAAUCUGGUCGACCUGCCCGGCGAGGAGGACAAAAAGUCCAUCAAAAAUCGCAUGCGCAUGUUUGCGGUCAACAGCAAUGUAUUUCGCAUCAAUCGCUCGCCGAAGAGCGAAAAGAAGUCACGCAGUCGUCGCAGUCAGGUGAACAGUCUUUAUCUGGAUGAGCCAAAGUAUCCAUUGUUUGGUGCUCGCCUGGACACCGUCGAGUUGAACAUGUCGAAUCAUCCGUUUGUGCCACGCUUUGUCGUCGAUGCCUGCGCGUAUAUCGAACGUCCGGAUUGCAUUGAACAGGACGGAAUUUAUCGCGCCUCGGGCAAUAAGCUGCUUGUCGAUGAGCUCAAGAAGAAGCUCACGCAUUUGUAUGACCCGCGUUGGCUGCAAACCGACGAUAUUCAUACACUCACCAGCCUGCAUAAACAAUUCUUCCGCGAACUCCCCAGCCCGCUUAUUACGCAAUCCGCCUACGAGCGUCUGGGACGCAACCUCACCGACGAUGAUGCCAUCGAACGCAUGCGUUUGGCAUUCGAGUCCAUGCCGGACGAGAAUCGUUCGACGCUGCGGUUUCUCAUCAAGCAUUUGACCAACGUGGCCGCCAUGAGCGCUUCGAAUCGCAUGCCCGCCUCGAACUUGGCCAUUGUCUGGGGUCCUUGUCUGUUGGCUGCCAAUGAUAUUAGCUUCGAUAUUGGACGCAUGAAUAUGCUGGCCAAGGUGCUAAUCGAGAACUAUGACCGCAUCUUUCGUCCCGACAACGAGCGUUUGGUCUGCUAAGCAGAUUUCCAAUAACAACAACAACAAAAGAUGCACUUUAAUUUAAAAAACGCCACAUCACAAAUUAUGCUUUGUCAUCUAUGGAAUACUGAAUGUUUUUUUUUGUAUUUUUGUUUUUUUUUUUUUUUAAUUUGUGCUUAUUUAUUUGCUAAGUUUAUGUUUAAGCCAAAACUUGUAGUCGAAUUCAGCAAAAACACCCACACACACACACACAUACAAGCAAAAACACAUACUUACCAAAAAGACAUUAGACUUAAGCUAAAGCUAAACUUAGUUUAAGUUUAAAUAUUAUGAUCAAGCAAACAAUAAUAAAUUUAACAAUAUAAAACUUAAACA